AUGGUGCUAGAUUGUGAGCUACGAUGUCUGCUAGAUCAAGCAAGAUCGCCAGAGAUGGAAAUCUCUUCAAUAAGACCGACAGUCCAAGAACUUUUCGAACGCCUUGCAACCAUUUCUCAGCAAAAUUGUAGUCCAUUCGUAGAAAGCGCUGCUGACAUCAACCUGCCUGAGCUGUUGGUCCUUACUGGUGAACUGGCAAUUCAUCAAAAAGAUUUUCAUACUGCAGAGAAGUGUAUCGAGUGGUUUUUCAGCGAGUGUCACAUCAAGAACCAGUUUUACUGUCGUGCUCUAUUCAUACGAGCCCACUGUGAAUCUCAUGAGGCACAGGGCGAUACGGGAGUGAUGAAGCUUAAAAAGGUUCUUAAUGCAAUUCACUUUAUUCUGGCAGUCAUUCCGAUUGCUACUAGCACACAAAAGCGCCCAAAGUACGACUUUCUCGUCUACAAUGCUUCUGUAACGUAUUGGCAGAUCGCUCGACAGCUUAUGAAGCCGUCGACAUUUCAGUUCCUCGUUUCGUCUUUGACAAUUGUGGUUAAUGCAUUAAAACUGACUGCCGAGUCGGAUGUGUCUUGGCUUUUACAACUUCAGCUCGCUCUUGUGUACGCUCAAGUUGAUGCCAAUGUAUUGACAAAUGCUGCAAAAACGAUAAACGAUAUUGUCGAUACACAGAUCACACCUCGCUUGACUAAUCCGACCACAUCUGACGUGACAAUUAGGACUCUGUAUGAAGAAGCCUUGCGAGUUCAAAUUCACGUUGGGUCAUUGAAAGAUAGUGAGUGUAUGAAGAUAGUGCCUAAUGUCAAGCGACUUAUUCGAUCAACGGACAAAAAAAUGACGCUGUUGGUGAAGCUUCAGUGCUUAAAAUCCAACAUCGUUUCGGGUUCAUUAGAAGCUGCAUAUGUGGAGAUUAUACAGGAAGUCACGGGAUUUACGACUCUAAAUGCUGAAACCUCGUUAAACGAAGUCAAAGCGUUUGUGUCAUCGCUUGAACCGCGUGCUUUGGAAGUCAUCGACACUGAAGUGCUCGUCGAGACUGCAAUCCAUGCAGUAUUCAGCAAUAUGGUGCCGUUAGCAGCAGUUUGUGACGUUGUGCUUCAACACAAAGGCAAGAAGUUGCCACCCAAAACGCGAGUAUUAGGUCAAGCGCUUCAUGCGAUCCUGCAAGCCAAUUUGCCACCACCUCAUCCUGUAAACAAAGUCAGUCUGCGACAACAGAAAGAGUGGCUUUUUGCUAAUCGCGUUGAGGCAAUAAAGACGUUUGAGCGUAUAUUGGUAGCCAGUAGACGUCGACAAGAUCCGCAUCUAAUUGAAAGUGUGUGCAUCUACGCGUGGAAUCUAUCACUACCAUUGCUGCAGCCUCAUAUAUGUAAACUCCUUGCGCGGGUUUUAAACUUGGUAUCGUCGUUAUUAAAGAAAAUUGAUUCUUUACUUCUUGAAUUUCGUGCUCGACUGUAUCUUGAGACAGCGAAACUGGAAAUAGCAUCUCAUUCUCUGUUAAAUGCAAAUCAGAAUAUCUUCAACGCGCUUGCUCUAGACUAUGGGACGAUCGUACGUCCACGUGAUGUUACAAUCAUGACAGUCGAUUUGUUGGCUGCACAUGAUGACUGGAUAAUUCGACCUGUUGACACACAUUUACGUAUGAUGAAGCAACAAUUAGACUUGAAAUUGGGCGCUGACUCAUCUUCUCAAGAAAUUGAAGUACUUGCGAUGUUUGAACAGGCCAGAGGGAGCAAAGACACUCAACAGCAACAAAAGGUAUUGAUGCGAUGCAUUGAUAUGAUGAAGAGAAUCAGUGGGGCAUCGGAGUUAUCUUCUGGUAUAGCGUGCGUACGUCUAUGGAGCAAAAUUGUGUCAUUUGCAUGGGAUACUAUGCAUGAUAGUGCACUGGCACAAAAAACGAUUGAUAUGGUGUUGUCGACUUACUUCCCGACUGGCGAAGCAGAUAAAAUUCUCAAUGCAGAUGGCAAAUGUUUGCUUUUAUCCGAAUUUGACAUGCGACUCCAGCUAGUUGAAAUUCUUGCAAUGAGACUUAAGGAUGAGGCCAUACACACUGGAAAUGCGCGUCGUCAAGCUCGAAUGUCAGUUGAGCAGACGGGCGAAUCUCUCGGAGAAUCAGUCGAUGCCAAAGUAUUGAUAUCAAAGGAGACCUAUUUACUGGGAUUACAUCGUCCAAUAAAUAAUGAGAUUUUGUCGUCAAUUGACGCAGGAGUGGGAGGUACUGCAGUUGACGAAAAAGCCAAAAUACAGCAGAUUUAUGCUGUGAAAGUCCUGAUUCUUGAGAAUAUAAUGAAGGCGUUAAAUAUGGCAACAAAAGUUGGGUGGGCUUUUAUGCUGGAAAAUGUGUCAAUUUGCUUGUGGAAUCAUCACUAUCAUGUUUUCCAGAUGCUGAAAGAGGUAACUCAAGCUUCUUCUGGUAACAUGGAUGCAAUUGAUCCACAAUGGAUAUUGCCUGAAUGUGUCAGUGCAUUCGAAGCCGUUUAUGCAGCUCUGGAGGCGGCUGCUGCUAGUGUAGACAUUAACAUUCUUGCCAAUGUGGCACUUGGUCUUUCGAGGCUUUAUGAAACGAUCGACAGAUUUGACAAGAGCCAAACGAUUGCUGAUAUCAUUUUGAAGCGAAAUUAUGAAAAUAAGAUCGGCGAGAAGAGAAUGAGUGUGCUGCAGCUUAAGAUGUUUGCCGAACUUAAAGUAAGAGGUCAAAUUGCUCAAAAUGCCAAGAUUAUUACUCCACCAGAUGAAAUUACUGAACCCAUCACGAUCGUAGUCUACCUUGUAGCAAUGGAAGGAACACUUAGACAAAUGUCCUUAUCAGUGGCCCAACAGCCUCCGCAACUACUGGAAAAGGCUCAAGCAUUUUAUCAAAGUGCCAUCACAAGUUGGCAUGCAUACGCAUCCGUAAUGUUUGCAUCAUUCAUGAGUAAUGAUGCUGAGCGUUUAAUAGAGGAAGAACAGCAGUUGAUGGAACUUUAUGCCGAAAUUUGGACUCGAAUCGGAUAUGGUGCGUUCCGGUUUGAGCACCUUAAGUAUGCUAUAGAGUGUGCAGAGCAAGCAUUGCUGGUUUUAAAAGCGAGUGAAGGCAAGAAAUCGAAGAAAACGAUCCGAUUACUUGUCUUAGAAAGUACCUGGAAAUGGUUAGCGCUUGCGGAAUUGCUGAUCGGGCGCACGACACUGGCAUUAGCUCACGAGAAACCUAUAGCCCACAAGCUACUAAAUCCAAUUUUUACACAUCUUGUGCGAGCGUGUGAGUAUGGUUUACGAAGCAAUGAUAUUUCACUAAUCAUUCGAGCAUGCGAGGUGAUUUGGAAUGCGAUAAUCUUGGUUAUGAAUGAUGAUUUAAGCAACGAAUUGGUAAAAGACAUUGAUCGAGUUGUGAAUUCUUUGCGAACGACACUUGGCUACUUUGACCAAGUUGUAGCAUCCUCUCAGGCAAAUACUAGCUUUUAUGGCGAAAUGGUCCUGCUCACGCUUGCAAUUUGUGAUAAAGCCAGAAAAUGGCGUGAUCAAAAUGAAAUCUGUGAGGCUGUGCUUAAGACUUUUGGAUCGAUUUCUUCUCGCCCUUCACUGUCGUUUCCCGUAAUCAACGAGCUUAAAAGGUCGUUGGCGACAUCAGUCGCUCGCAUUGGAAGGUCCAGUUGCACAUUGAGACUUCGUACGGAUUCGAAGUCCUCAUAUCUAUCAAAUCGAUUACUCAAUCAAGCUGAAAUCUUCAAAAAAAUUGCUGUCACAUGGAAAAAUCCUCCUGCCCAAUUCAAGGCCCUAUCACAGACUUACAUAGAAUUUGAAGGACAAACAGAACAACAAGCGCUAGUUCUUCUUGAUCUUGCAGAGUUGCUUUUCACCAACCAGCAUGCCGUAAAGGAUACUGACUCAUCUUUAGAGUUUGCCUCAUCAAUGUUACUUCAAUGUCAAAAGGAAAUGCUCGAAACAGAAACAAUGCAAGAAAAUUCCAAUCAGCUCUCAAUCUCAAAUCAAGAAAACCCAAACGCUGCAUACUCUCCACUUUGGUUUGCUGAAAAGCAAUUUCGGAUUUCUAUGAUGCGUGCGAUUAUUUCCGUCAAUUGUACCAAACGAUCAGAGCACAUGCGAUUGGCGCUCAAUGAGGUGGAAAGCGCGUGGGGAUAUAUCAUCGACACGACAAAUGAUAAUGACUUUCGUGCUGCAUAUGAGCGAGACAAUCUUGCGCAAGAGAAUCGAAUUAGUUUUGAUGAAUGGAGAUUGCACAAAUUGCCAAAAUAUAUAAAACCUACCACGAGACGAGAUUGGAUUGAUUUUUUUACAAGUUUCGACGAGAAUGCAUCAAAUCGAUUUUACAUGCCGUGGAACAUCGUACAAGUAUCAAAGUUAGUUCACAUUACGCAGCCAGUUUUAACUUUAACAUAUCUUGAGAGGCUUCUUGUAAUGCUGCGCAAAGAUGGUCUUCAAUACUCAAGCAUGAUCCCUCCACUUUGCUUGUACAUCAUGGUGUUUCAUACGUAUGUUCCUCAACGAUCUGUCAGUGCGCACAUAUGGAUGGAACUCAUUCAAUUUAGCAUCAUGGAGCACUUAAACUUAAGUAACUAUUUGAUACCGCUUCAAAAUGCGCUCGACAUGCUUCAAGGUCAUCAUGAUUCAUUAAUUAUAGAUUUGCAAAGCGCACAGCAAUUUAUUGAAAAGUCGGGGGAUGACAUUGGUUUGCGAAGGCGGUGUAUCCUUCGCAGCUCUCUCGUUGAUCCACUGCUGAAAACAUUCCAGUCGAUAAAGCUCUUGUUGCGAUUCGGGUUUCAUCAUCAGGCAAAGUCUCUUUUUGAGAUAUUGCGAUUUUCGACACAGUACUGCAGUGAUGUCCCGAACCUUUUGAAUUGCAAGUAUAAAUAUUUAUCUAGCUUGUUUUUGGAGAUUGAAGGUCGAAAUGAACAAGCAUUAGCUCAAGUAGAGAGUUCACUGAAGACUUCGCAGCUAGAAAUGUCUUGCUUUCUGAAGUGGACACUGCGCUACUGCAAGCUAAACCCCGACCUCGACAAAGCAUUGAGUGCUCUCUUAGAUGCAGAAAAACGAGCUAUUGAAGCUUUGACUACACCAAAUCAGACACAGACGUACAGGGAUGAAGUGACAUAUGAUGAAUUUGAUGCUGCGUUUGUUCAACUAUUGGCUCGACUAAAAUUCAGACAAGCAACGAUACUUCUGAAAAAAGCUGCUGCAUCUCAGGGCUCAACCGUUUUGGCUUAUGUAAAGGAAAGUCAGCAAGCAAUGGAGAAGAGCAUUGAGAUUCUUAAGCACGUCGAUGCCCACUACCAGCGCAGUCAGCACUUGAUGAAGUACGUGAUGAAAUUGCAGUCUCUUCGCCAAACGUAUGAUGGGGUUGAUCUCUCCCUCACUGAUUUAGAUGUGACAUUCAUGCUACAAGAAAUUCUAACUUUACAGGAAAAAUGUUAUGAAACGCAGUCAGAUUUAAAUGAUCCUCAUUCAGACAAAUAUCAGAACCAAGAGGGAUUAGUGUCGCCUUUGAGGCGGAAGAUCGCGCUGACCAAACUGCGAAUCGCUCAAAAUUUCCUGGCACCCGAGUUGUCGUCUGCUGCCAUAAAGCAAAUCGAAAUGACAUGGUUUCGAUACAACAACGAAAAUGAACGAGAUGUCGUAAAAAAGUGGCUUAAAGAAACGGAAGUCGUCGCAAAAAGUAAAAGAUUGGUUGAUUUACCACGUGCAAUGACGUUCAUCACUUCUGCUAUUGCUAUGCUAAGUGAUAAUCAUAUCCUAGAAAAGCAAUAUGCAAUUGCUCAAGUAUUAAAACUUCAGUGUCAACGUCUUGCCUUCUUCCGAGGGGACAAUCGACAGAAAUUAAAUGCACUCUAUACGCAUUUAUGGACACGAUACACAUCAUCUGACGCUUGUGAUGCUACAUGGGUUUGCUGUCAUGGAACGCAAGCUGAGAACGCUAUUAUUGCAAGCCGAAACACAGCUGAGAAGCAGGAUGAAAACCAAAGGUUGACUGAAGACGAAAGAGGAGAUGAAGAAACUCAAAUGGAAGAACAAUUAACUGCUUAUGCAGCCGAACUCAGAAAGUAUCAGCUUAUUGCCUUUGACAAGCAGUCAACUGAGCUAUUGCGAUUGUGCUCGAAUGAACUCAUUCAAGUUCUUGGCUGUUGUCACCCAUUCGACUGUGCGAAAAAUGUGCUCGUGCAUCAAAGUGUUGAGGUAAUUGAAGCUGCAGGUUCCUUGUAUACAAAGUGUGUAGCCAAUACAAAUGUUCAGCACCUUCACCUGCAGAGGAUGAAAAAGUUGCAGAAGACACACACAAGCGCAGAGACUCAUAGCUUGCCAUUCCAACUUUCUCAACUUUAUUUAGGAGAGCAUUCGGAUGCGUACAAGCGGAUGAGUGCCGGAACUCAUGUGGAUGCAAUCGUGACAGCUCUACCCCAUUCUGUGCGAUUGCUGUGUCUUCACUUUUCGCCUGAUCGAUGCUACGUUUACGCGGCUUUUUUGGGUAGUACUGAAAGCUGUGUUGCGAUCUCCCGCAUGGAAUUCACUGACACCCACGUGUCUUUAUACGAGAGUUUGCAAUCAAGAAUACAGGCAUGGAGAAAAAAAUGUGCUAAGGAGACAUUGGCAUAUGCUGAGGCUCACGGACAAAACGAAACAUUUGAGUUCAUGCCAACAACCGAGAUGGUGAUGUCUAAUAAUGACAACACAAAGGGGAAUCAAGGCGAAGACGUUCUUGAAGCCGAAUUUGCAGCCAUCAUUUCUGACACCAUUGGCUUGCUUAACCCUCUUUGGGAACAUUCAGCCAUGAAAAUGGAGUUAGCAGAUAAUCUUGCAGGCAAUACACUAAUUCUUUUAUUAGAUCAGGCCUUCGCAUGUCUUCCGAUGGAAGCUUUGCCCGUAUUUGAUCCCGCCGAUGCAAUCGCACGAGACUUUUCGAUUCAAAUUCUACAUCAACGACUUCUAGCUUCGAAGAAGCAGUCUUUGAGACCUGAUGAGAUUCGUGUCAUUGUGGAUCCGUACAAAGAAGACUCAGGGACUCCAACAGGAAAGACAAUUACCAGCGUUGUUAAGCUAGUGGCUGACGGUUGGAAAGAUGCAGUCGGGCAUGGCCAAAUUCCAAGUAUGAGUGACUGGCAGCAGACGUUGGUGGCUCGCCUUGGAGGUGGGCUCUUGUACGUAGGACCGAAUCGUGUUCUUGGUUCUUGGCUUCCACUACAAUAUGUCGCGGGGAUGAAUGUUGCUCAUACUUGCCAAGUUUUGCUACUACUUGAUCAAGCUGAAAAUGUGAAGAGUGCACGUCGACAGAGUAAAAUUGACAUCUUGAAGCCAACGUGGGAGAAAGAGAUCGAAACAGACCCUUAUGCACGUGCGCUCCUUCUUACACUCUGUGGAGUAAAUACAUUGAGUAUCAACCAGUGGGCUACAACAUUUGAUGGCAAUCGACGUCUUGCAAGUGGACUAUUACAAUUUAUUUCAGAAAAGCACAGCAUUGGCAAGGCUCUGAAAAUGUUUGGCAGCUUUCCCAUUGCAUCUUUUGCGAGCACAUCAGCUAAUUCUGAGUUGGCUUCUGAUAGCUCUGCUGAUGGACGAUGCGAAACAACAAAUGACCAAGUGCGACUUAAGAAUCGAUUUCGAUACAAUCAUGUAGUCUACGGUCUUGGGUUUUGUAAUCUCACAGGCAGUGAAUAA